UAGUAGUCUCAACAGACAGACAAUCCACCGCUCCUCUUUUUUUCAAAGAUUCCGUAUCAAUGCUGUUGAAGAGUGCAUAUAUGCAUCUAUGAACUCAUCAACAAUUUCAUCUUCAGCUCUCACCCAAUUUCCAAACCUAAAAAGAGUGUUUUGCAACUUCGCCAGCCACAUGAAAAUGCUGAAAGCAGUGAAGAAGCUCAAGUUCUGGUCAAGAAAGAAGAGAAAAAAGAAGACCCAAGAGCAAGAACCCUACUACCCUCACCCUCCCCGACCAUGUCAUUGUUGUCAGUACUCAUCAUGCUACUCAACAACUCAGCCCUCAGCUCCACCCUUACCACCAUGGCUUGAACCUGAGCAGACCACCCAUCACCAUCAUGCCAUUCCAGCAGCACCUUUGGUCCACCAGCCAAGUCAAUUCCAAUUCCAAUUACCCCCACAAGAAGAGAUUGUCUUGGAAACAACGACUACUCCAUUGUAUCAUCCAACAGUGCCAGUGCCAGUGCCAGCUGCUGCUGAGAGCAACUACUCAUCUUAUCAGCAAUACAUGGUGCCAAAUCCUGUCUAUGGCAUGCCUGUUGUGCAAACACCAAGGAGAGAGAGAACUGCAGGCUUUUUUGGAUGUCUUGUUAACUUCUGCACUCAUCUAAUCCGAUGCUUCUGCCCUUGUUUUCACAUCCGAGAAGUUCACUGACAUAGCAUUAAGCAAGCCAAUUAUCAUGACUUAUUAGUUGGGUAGAAUUCUAUGCUACACACCCUUCUUUUUUUUUUUUUUUUUUUUUUUUAAGUGUACUAUAUCUACAUAUUAUAAUAAUAAAUGAAUGGGUUAAGAGUAGGUAAGUAUGGUAUACAUAUAUAUAAAAAAGAAAAAAGAAAAAAAAAAGUGUGUAUUCUGGUUAAUUAGGCAAAAGCCAACUAUGUGUAUUUAGCAAUUGGCAUAUGGGGGUGUUUAGUCUAGUAACGUUGUUUGUAUUUUUUGGAAAUACGUGUUGGUAAAAAAGUGUGUGAAAAUACGUAUAAUAUUAUUUAAAUAUUGAAAACUGUUGUUCUAGUUACACUACCAAACAGCCUCAAAAUCUAUCAAUAACAGUUUUAUUUGCGAGUA